AAGAGAGAGAAAAAAACAGUCUAGGAAAUGAGAAUAGAAAGACAGAAGUGCAAGUGGUUAGUGUUAAACAGUGUCACGGGAAAGAGUGACAGAGCGGUGCAGGCAAGAAUGACAGCAGGUUUGACUGAAUAAACAGCAAAUACACUUGUGAGAGGGAGAGGAAGCCAUUCAAGUUUACGAGAAAAAGCAGAUUGUUAAACAGCAAGUGAAACUUUGGAUAUUAUCUACAGCUGUAAUAUGGGUGAGUCCAGUGUCUGCCAGGUGAGAGCAACAGUCAUGUUGUAUGACGACACCAACAAGCGAUGGGUGCCAGCAGGAUCUGACAGUCCUUCCUUCAGCCGCGUCCAGAUUUAUCACAACCCAACGACCAACACAUUCAGAGUGGUGGGCCGCAAAAUGCAGGCUGACCAGCAGGUGGUGAUCAAUUGUCCCAUUAUCAAAGGGAUGAAGUAUAAUCAAGCAACACCAAACUUCCACCAGUGGCGUGAUCUCAAACAGGUGUGGGGACUGAACUUUGGCAGUAAAGAGGAUGCUGCUUGUUUUGCUAACUCCAUGAUGCAUGCAUUAGAGGCUCUCAGUGCACCGAUGGACACAGGCCCAGCUCAGAAUGAACCCACUGCACAGGAAAUGGAACACCAGAAAAGACUAGCACGUCAGAGACAGGAACAGCAGGAGAAGGAGCGUCUCGAGAGAGACAGGCAAGCCUCUGCAUCUGCCCCUCCUGCCCCUCCUGCUCCUCCAACUCCACCUGCUGCCCCACCAGCUGCCCCACCACCUCCAGGCCCACCUCCUUCCUCUGGACCGUGCCCACCUGCACCUCCACCACCACCUCCUCCUCCUGGGGGCAUGGUUCCACCUGCACCACCACCACCCCCUGCUGGAGGAAGUGGAGGUGGUGCAGGUGGAGGGGGAAACAGUCUGGCUGCAGGUCUAGCAGGAGCCAAACUGCGCAAAACAGUCAAGGAUGAGGGAGAAGCAGCCCCAGCCCCUAAACCAGCAUCUUCAGCUGGUGGAGGUGGAGGAGGUGAUCUCAUGGGAGAAAUGAGUGCAAUCCUUGCUAGGAGGAGGAAAGCCGCUGAUAAUCCUGUUGCCAAAAAGGUAGAUCCUCGCAAUGAUAAUUCUGACUCCUCACCAUCAAAAUUCUCAGGAUCAGGAGAUAUUAAUGAAAAGCCCAAGGAGAAAUCUGUCACCAUCUCAAGGUCUAAAUCAUCAACCAACAAUCAAAGGGACUCCAGCCCAAGUUCCAGCUCCGCCAUUACUCCUUCCUCCAACUCUUCCACAACCUACAGGAUGAAAGUGGCAAAGAAGAACUCAGAGGAUGCAGGAAGUGAUACUGAUAUGGAACGAAUAAAACAGGAAAUUCUUGAAGAAGUGACAAAAGAACUUCAUAAGGUGAAGGAUGAGAUUAUUAAAGCACUUAUCCAGGAGCUGCGAAGUGAACAGCCUAAAGGUGAAGACUCCUGAAAAACUUAAAAAUGGAUCAGAUGUGAAUGUAUCAUCAUGCAGCGCUCAGGCAAUUUACCACCCCCCCAGCCCCACCCCCCACCCCCCUACUGCAAAACUGCUGUUUUGCAAAAUAAAACUGGCAUUUCUGUACUACAAUUUCUUGUUAGUCAGUACAGUACAUGCAACAGUUAGCCUCUGUCACUUUUUCUUGCUUCUGAGAUUGAGACACAUUGUACUGAAUAAUAAAAUUUGUUUAUGUCUUUAACUGCUUCACCAUUUAACUUCAGUCAUCUUCUGCUUCAGUGGAACAUCCUACUUCCUCCUUACUGUCAUAUUUCCUUUGUGGUACAUACUGGCAUGAUGGGCAUAGGCUGACAUAUAUAUUAUUAAAUAAAUAAAUAAAAAUAACAAAAACAA